GGGCUCUUCUCUUCAUACAUUUGAAUCUUAAUGCACAUGCAAAUCUACCCAGUUAUCUACACUAUGUAUAGAUGUAGAUCAUGUUGCAUUAUCGACCCAGCUGGUUGGGCAUCUACAACCGUACCUACCCUUAGCAGCUCAGGUACAGCAAAUCCAUUUCUCAGAUUGAACAUACCCGGGAGCCUCCAGAAUGGCGUCACAAAAUACCAGCAAUCUUCCAACCGCCGCCGAGGCAGGUUUCGAGGAUGCCGCCUCGUACGAUGCAUAUCGCCCUUCGUAUCUGCCAGACGCAGUCGAGACCUUUCUCUCAAACUUGAAGGUCGCUGAUCUGCACGGCGCCAACAUUGUCGAGGUUGCCUCGGGGACGGGCAAGUUUACCGAGAUCCUCGCCAGACGGCCCGAGAACUUUGUCGUCAAGGCCGUAGAGCCGCACCAUAGCAUGAGGGAGAAGCUUGCGCAAAAAGAUCUGCCGGGCGUCGAAGUCAUCGACGGAAAGGCUGACAAGAUGCCGCUCGAUGAAGAAUGGGGCGAUGCGUGUAUUGCUGCGCAGGCUUUUCACUGGUUCGCUACUCUUGAGUCUUUGGAAGAGAUACAACGUGUCUUGAAACCGGGUGCUGGGUUUGGUGCCAUAUGGAAUAUAGAAGAUUAUAAUAAACCUCAAAAUUGGGAGGCGACUACUAAAUGGGAGCAGAAAAUGAACGACUUUAUCUGGUCACUCGACGACGGUCUACCUCGGUUCAGGCAUCAGAAAUGGAAAGAUGUCUUCGACGCGCAGCUUUCUGUAAACCCUAUUCAAGUCAUCAAAGACACCAUCACUGGCCAUGCGCCUCAAUUCAGUCUCCCCAUCGGGGAGGAUACCACGAAAUGGACUGAGUGGCUAAGUGAGGAAGCACUUCUCUCACGGCUCACCACUUUGAGUCAGAUCGCAAUACUUAAGGGGGAGGAACGCGAAGCUUGGCUAAAACUUUUUAAGGAGAUCAUCCAAGGCGAGGAUGUAGAAAGGAACGGAAAAGGAGAGAUUGCAGUUCAUGGCACUACUUUCUUCUUCUGGACGGAUAGGCUAUAGAAAAGGUCUUUAGGAUUUGUGGCUAUCAAAACAGCUUUAUUGUACUCUUGUUAAUGUGACCAGCUUGAUGUAUCACUAU